UGUAUUAUUGAAAGAAUUACACAGAGUUAGUCAUGUGUACCUGGUUAAGUCCAAAUGUAGGAUGAGCGUACCUAGAUAACGAAUACUACAACAUGGAGCUAGAAUCUGAGAGAAGUAUCUCAAGGGCGUCUGUUUCUACUAAAAUGUCGACACAGCACAUGAGCGUGGUUGAGGUACUUGUGAAUGGGACCACAUCCAUAGGUUCUCCAGAAAAUGAGCAAGGAGGAAUUAAUGGUUUCGAAGACAGAGCAUCUCCGCUGAAAAAAAGCAAAAGGCAAAGAAUCUGGAGCAGUUUCAAGAAACUGCGCCCUGGAUACAAAGACAAAGACAAAACAAAGCCUAAAAAACUAGGCAAGCAGUUUUCCCAGAGCCAGCCUAACGUCUCGGACCAUGACUUGAAACGACAUUUACACAGUAACAGUAGGACAGAUCUCGGGAAACCAGCUCUUGAAAGUACUGUGCCAGUAAGAACUGCUGAGUCUAUUGAUCCCUCUGAGAUUUAUACUGGGAACAAUUUAAGCCGUGAUAAACCUGCCGGAGGUGCUGAUGCGAUGAUAAAAGGAAGGUUCGCUAGUGACACUGCCUUGAAUAACUUGAAUGCAGACAUCAAUGUAAAGGAAAUGGAGGAGCAAGACAGUGGAAUUACCAUUGUAGAUAGUCAGCAAUGGUAUGCACGAGUUGCCAAAUUUUUGGAUUUACUGGUGAUUUUUUAA